AUGAGAAGAGCUACAAUGGCUGGAGUUCCGGCAAGAAAUUCGCUAUCUGGGGAUGCCAGCAGAAUGACGCUGAAUGAAGACCCAAGAAAAAAACAGAGAAAUCCGAGGGAUAGAAGUCACCAGGAAGAAAACAUCAAUGCAAUCAUGGGCUUUCUAGCAUCCACAGACUACGAAAGGCCCUUUUCGCAUGCUCUCCUGGCAAGUCCCUCGCUGAAAGACUUCCAGUCGAUUUUCCGGCACAUUCAGUCGUUUAUAGACCCUACGCUUGAGUUUACGCGCAAGUUUGAAGAAGAGGUUUCUGCCUUCCUUAAGUCGAUAAAGUAUCCGUACGUCUCGGAGAUAAACCGAAGCCAGCUUAUUGCAAUUACGCCGCACACGUGGCCUGUUCUUCUGUCCAUGCUUGCUUGGCUGGUCAAAGUAGUCAAGACCUCGUGCGAGCUUGUGAAUGCGGCUACUGAAGAGGACGAAACAAAAGAGAUUUUCUACAACUUUUUGUAUAAGGAGUAUUCGAACUACAUGGAGGGCCUGGACAGCCCAGACCUUGAGGAGGCUGUUGAUAGGGAAAUCGCGCUGAGAAACCAGGAAAGGCUUGCCGUGGCAGACGAGCAAAAGGAGUGUCUGAGGAAGCUGAAGGAAGAAAUACAGGAAGAGGGUGCCGGCGGCCUGGAGGAGGUGGAGGAGAAGCUGAGGCAGACAGAAAUCGACCUGCAAAAGAUUGCGAGUCUGCGGAGCAACCAAGAAGAAAAAUGCAUGAGCUACAAGAGAUCCCUGGAAGAGUCGCAGGCCAUGUAUAGCCGGCUGAAGGAGGAGUCUAGGCAGCUGCUCCAGAAGAAGCGCGAAAUGGAGGAGGAGAUCAAGGUCCAGCCAAUCAAGGCCGAGGAUCUUCAGGAGAUGACGCACGAAAGAGACCUGCUGAUAAAGUCCCUGGAAGAGAUCAAGCGGGCAAAAACAAUUCUAAUUAGAGAAAUCGACCUAAAGAACCAGACGAUAAAAGCCGAGGUGGAGGAGACGAUGAGGAUUCUGUCAGAUAUAAAGAAGAUCCGCAUAGGCAUAGAAAUAUGCAUAAACAUCAAGAAAACAAGAACCACCACGGAUCUGCUAGAGUAUGAGGAGUACUCUGUUGAGGGAAGCGUUGCCAAGCAUGAGUGCCUGGCCAAAGAAAAGCUGGAGGCGCUGCAAAAGGAGAUAGAAAUGCUCGAGGCUGCGCUGGAGGAAGAGAAGGAGAGGAACGCAUGCCUGAUGGAAACCGGCGCGGCCUUGGAGGAUGAAAUCGAGCAGAAAGAAGAAAGAGUAAAAGUGCACGCGCAGGUAUACAUAGAGAAGAAAGAGGCAACGGAGGAGGAGUACAAAACAACCGUUGGCCGCGUGGACAAAGCAGAAACCGAGCUUCUAAAAAUCCUGGCAGAGGGUGACAACGGGCUGUUCCAGAGCGAGCAGGCCCUGGAAAGAACAAAGAUCCGGAAGGGAAGGCUUCUGGGAAAGAUAUCCAUGGAGGAGGCGGAGAUCCAAAAAAUAACAGCAAUUGUGGCUGCCAAUGUGCAGAGUCUGAAAGAGAGAAUUGAGGAGGCAAGCAAAGUUCUGAAGAUUUCUCCUCCGUAG